AUGUUGCGUGGCUGCCAAAUACAGCUCCACAGAGUGGGGAUGAGUGCCGAAAGUGUUUGUGAGGGUAUUUUGUGUGAUGGGCAAUACAAGGUUUGUGGUUGCGUCUCGGGGGCCAAGAGUACGAAAUGGACACUAACAAUCGUCAUAUCCGCUGAUAAGCUCAAGCAAUACGACGAGUUCACUAUAACCAGUAACUAUGUCACUGAGCUUUUCGUCACAGCAGCUGCUCGGAGCAUCAAAGAGACUCAGUUGGAUAUGUUCGCUCUGGAGGAUCGGGCUGAUGAAGUGGUGGCUACUAUAAAUCGUAAUGGUGGCUUUACCAUCUGCUUAUGGAGUAAGGCGGCCACUACCGAUAACGAGAUGCAUAAGCCACUUCGCCACCACCUCUUCAUGUUGUCUCCAACCUCGUUCGAGCGAGAUUUGGAAAACCUUAAAUACAACGGUGAGCCUGUUCGCCAACUGGGCAAUGGCAACAAUGAUAGGCAAGCUGGUAAUGGUGGCAACAAUGACAGCCAAGCUGGUAAUGGUGGCAACAAUGAGAUUACUAACGGCGGGAACAACCAGGCUACUAAUGCCCGCAACAAUCAGGCUGCUAGUGACGGCAAUCAGCCUCGUCGUAGCGCCAACAACAAUGUCGGAAAUGCAUCCAGAGCGGGUAGCGUCAGAAUAAUCCUCCAGCCUACGUUCCAUUCGCCGGCUCGGUGUUUGACCCACGGAGACAACUUCCCCAAAAUAACGACCGAGAUGGCUCCGGAGAUAAUGAGGAUCAACAUAGAUCCGAAGAGAGCGUUGUGUCGACAGGCUGAGUAUCGACUAGAGCAAUUUUGCAAGCAUGACUUUUGA